UCAAGAUGCUGCAGCUGCUUGCAAUGACUUUUUUGGUCAUGGGAUUUAUAUGUUCAGAAGGCUCCCUGAAGAAAGAGAGAAAAGUCAAUCCUGAGGCAUUCAUGAAUAUUAGUGAGAUCAUACAGUAUGAACACUAUCCAAAUGAAGAGUACGAAGUCCUUACAGAUGAUGGCUAUUAUCUUACAGUCAACCGAAUUCCUUAUGGCAGAGAAAAUUCAGACAACAAAGGUCCAAAGCCUGCUGUCUUAGUGCUGCCCGGCAUACUGACAAGUACUGCGACUUGGGUGCUUAAUACACCCAACAAUAGCCUGGGCUUUGUGCUGGCAGAUGCUGGCUUUGAUGUUUGGUUGGCAAACAACAGAGGCAGCCGGUGGUGUAAAAAACACUUACGUCUAUCAAUGGAUCAAGAGGAAUUCUGGGAUUUCAGUUUUCAUGAAAUGGGAAUGAAUGACUUGCCAGCCAUUAUAAAUUUUAUUCUUGCUAAAACUGGACAACAGCAAAUCUUUUACAUAGGCUAUUCCCAGAGUGCUACAAUAGCUCUCAUUGCAUUUUCAGCCAUGCCCCAGUUAGCUCAGAAAAUCAAAAUACUAUUUGCACUUGGUCCUGUGUAUUUGCUGCAGAACAACAAAUCUCCAUUUGGUAAAUUUGCAUAUACACCUGCUGGCCUUAUGAAGACUGUGUUGGGUAAGAAACAAUACUGUAUCCUGCCUAAUAAUGGAUUGAGAGAAUUUGCUGUCAAGUUGUGCAACAAGGGCUUUUGGGACAAAAUUUGUUCCAAAGUUCUUUUCAUGGCUGGUGGAAUUGGUCAAAAUAAUGUUAACACAAGCCGGAUGGAUGUCUAUGCAGCACAUUUACCAGGCUGUACCUCCUUGAAAAAUAUGAUACACUGGUCACAGGUAAUCCAAAGUGAAUCAUUAAAACCAUUUGACUAUGAUUCUAAAAAUGUAGACAAAUAUAAUCAGACUAUCCCUCCUUCAUACAAGGUAAAAGAUAUGAAAGUACCAACGGUUGUAUGGAGUGGUGGAAAAGACAUAAUGGCUUCUCCAAAAGAUAUUGAAGUUUUACUCUCUGUUCUUGGGAAUGUGAUAUAUUACAGACAAGUUCCCCAUUGGAUGCAUUAUGAUUUUGUAUUUGGCCUUGAUGCACGUCAGCAAGUGUAUGAUGAUCUUGUUAAAAUGAUCAAGCAUUUUGCUUAAAAUAUAGGAUUGAUCAGUUUGAUCUUGGAUGGAGUCUCCUUGUACCUCUGGUUUCAUGGAAUUUAAGGAGCUCUGUGGAGGAGGGGAAAGUUCUCUGUUUCUGCAUGGGGAGCAAUUGGAGUAAGAAAUGGGUCUAAGUCUUUUGGGCAAACUAUAAUUUGAGCUAAGAAUAGAAGCAGAGCCCUGCUUAAUUAGACCUGGUUAGUUCAUUAUUGCUACUUUUUAUCUUAACAAAGUCUAUUCAGAAAUAGUGAUUACAAGUUUCUCAUACAUAAUGAAGUUCCCUCAUAUGAUGACAACUGGACAGGUGGCAGCUUAGGAGGUGGACCUUUGGUCAAGCCUCUCUUUUUCUGCUGGGCUUCCUUAGGUUACAAUGAUCCUGCAAUGCACUUAGACACAAUUGUAUUAGUUGUGAAUUCACAACUGAGUCUCCCAAAUCCUAGUCCAGUAUUUUAACCACUAUCCCACUGGUAGAAAGGACUCCUGGCUGCCACUGCCAUUGAAAGCUGCUCUCCACAAAAAGACUCUUUUCUUUUCCUUAUGUCACUAUUUUCCUUUUAUCACUGUUGUUAAACCAGUUUGGUGUAGUGGUUUGGAGCAGUGGACGCUAAUCUGGAGUGAAUCCCCACUCUUCCACAUGUGGCCAGCUGGGUGAUCUUGGGUCAGUCACAGUUCUCUCAAGAGCAGUUCUUGAAAGAGCUCUCUCAGCCCCACCUUCCUCACAGAAUGUCUAUUGUGGGGAGAAGAAGGGAAAGAGAUUGUAAACUACUCUGA